AUGGGAAUCUCCAAAUUUAAUCCAUUCAAGAAGGAUCGCCAAAACUUCCCCGGGGUCGUCAUCCCGCUCGCCGAUGCGCCUGCACACCCCCCAAAACUUACGGAAAAAGAUGAUAAAGAGCUUAACAGUUUGAACCAGUCCCCUUCAUCAGAGAAUGGAGUCGCGGGCUCCAAUGCCGGCACUCACCAUUUGACCAUUGAAGGUCUGCGGGCGGAGAUUGAAUCCGACCUGGCUACAGCUUCUCAUGACACUGCUUAUGAUCGCAAGGCAAAGGUGAUAAACAGAGCUCUGCAGGAUAUUGGAAUGGGCCGCUAUCAGUGGCAAUUGUUCUUCUUGUGUGGAUUCGGCUGGACCGCGGACAACCUCUGGCUCCAGGGAGUCGCCUUGACUUUGACCCCCAUUUCUUACGAAUUUGGAAUCUCUGGAACAUGGGUUCGCUUCACGACUUGUGCUUUGUUCUUAGGUCUUUGCCUAGGUGCCUCAUUUUGGGGUGUCGCAUCUGACAUCGUUGGCCGGCGUCUUGCUUUCAACACCACUCUCUUCCUGGCUGGUGCCUUUGGACUGGCUUCAGGUGGUGGGCCCUCAUGGAUCGGAACAUGCGCGCUGUUCUCUUGCCUGGGUCUUGGAGUUGGCGGUAACUUGCCCGUUGAUGGUGCUCUCUUCUUGGAGUUCCUGCCCUUCAUUUCUGGUAACAUGUUGACCAUGCUGAGUGUCUGGUGGCCUAUUGGCCAGCUGAUUGGCAGUCUCCUUGCCUGGGCUUAUAUCCCCAACUACAGCUGCUCUGGCUACGAGGGCUGCACCAAAGAGAAGAACAUGGGCUGGCGAUACUUGGUUCUGACUCUCGGUGCCAUCACAUUUGUCAUGUUCAUUCUACGUUUCUUCUUCUUCCACCUGUACGAGUCUCCCAAGUUCCUACUUUCCCGAGGCCGCCAAGAGGAAGCCGUUGCAUCUGUUCAUGGAAUUGCCUACAAGAACGGUGCUAAGACAUGGUUGACCAACGAGAUCCUCAACGAACUCGGUGGCCACCCUGAAGCACGAGAAGAGAAGACCGAACUCACUUCUUCCCAAAUUGUGGGACGCUUCUUCUCCAAGUUCUCCAUGGAGCGUAUUGGUCCUUUGUUCGCCAACAAGCGCAUGGGCAUCAACACCGCUCUCCUCUGGUUCUGCUGGACCACCAUCGGUAUGGGAUACCCUCUUUUCAACGCCUUUUUGCCCCAGUAUCUGUCCCAAUCCGGCGGCGAGACCAACUCAAACUACACCACAUACCGCAACUACGCCAUCACAUCUAUCGUCGGUGUCCCCGGUUCCAUCCUGGCCUGCUACACCGUUGAAAUCAAAUACAUUGGUCGCAAGGGCACAAUGGCCAUCGCCACCCUGAUCACCGGUGUGCUACUGUUCUGCUUCACUGCAUCGACCAGCUCCGACAUCCAGCUAUUGUGCAGUUGUCUCGAGGCUUUCUUCCAGAACAUCAUGUACGGCGUCCUGUACGCUUAUACCCCAGAGACCUUCCCUGCCCCGAAUCGGGGAACCGGCACUGGUAUCUCGAGCUGCUUGAAUCGCAUCUCCGGUCUUUGUGCUCCCCUGGUCGCUAUCUAUGCUGGAAGUGCUAACCCCAAUUCUCCCAUUUAUGCAUCGGGUGCCUUGAUUCUUGCAUCGUUUGUGGCCAUGUGCUUCCUUCCCAUUGAAACACGGGGCAAGCAGACAUUAUGA